AUGGCACGAACAUCAUCGCGUCGUGCGGCUCAGAAGGCCAAGGAUGCCAUUGCGACUUCCGCUGAGCCAUCUGGAAAACCUCCCCAAGGCAAAAAGCGGAAGGCUGCAACCGAGAAGGCCCCGCAGCCCAAGAAGGAAAAGACUGAGGACAUCAAACCGGGACAAAAACCAGAAGAUGUGGCACCGAGCACAACGGACAUUGGCCCCCCAACGCCAGAGUCAGUCAAAGCACCAGCCGAAACGGACAAGCCAUCUGGAACGCAGCCCGAUGAGAAGCCCCCGAAGCAACCUGAAAAUAUCGAGGCGGGCAUCCAUAAGUCCGAGGCGAGGGAAGAUGUGGUACCCUCCAACAUCCUCGAGAAGGGCUUCAUAUACUUCUUCUUCCGACCGCGCGUCAACAUAGAAGAGCCUCACAGCAUUGGAGACAUUGCCCGAAGCUUCUUCGUGCUGCGUCCAGCCCCAUUAGGCGCCGAAUUCGACCGCGGCCAAGGCCCGGUGGCCAAAGACGCCCGAUGUCGCUUGAUGAUGCUCCCGAAGAAGAAGUUCCCAACCUCUGGCAAGGAGAGAGACAUGGGGUUCGUUGAAAAGGCUGGCCAAUCUAUGCAAGCACUCCAUGAAAACUUCAUUGCUGGAAAGGCAUACCAGACCAAGACCGCGGGUGAACGUCACAUCGAGGAAGCCAGGCCUUAUGCGGAAGGUGUCUAUGCGCUUACCUCCACACCGCGAGCCUCCCAUCUCGCGUAUAUUCUGACUAUCCCUGCUGAAUUGGGUGCUGUUCAAGAGGAGUUUGGCCUCCGUGAACGCGGGAGUUGGAUUGUUCAAUCGAAGAACCCUAAGUUCCCGGGUCCACCGGCUGGCCAGCUACCAAAGAAUCCAGAGUAUCCAGCGCAGGUACUCGAGAAGUUCGGAGACCUCCGAUGGGUGCCUCUCAAACCGGAAUUCCUGGACUAUCCGAAUUCCCAAUUUCUUAUGAUCGGCGAGGCGCAGAAUGACCUUGGCAAAGCUGCGACUUCUCAGGGCGAGAAGCAGCCUCACGAAGAAGAGCCCGGUGAAGAGUUGGAGAAGUUGGAAGGUGAAAAUGAAGAUCGAAUCGAUGCUCUACAGGGAGACGCAACUGUCUAUCAGGACCUGGGAUUCGACGCGAAAAGUUACCCGAAACUGCCAACAACCUGGAACACUUGA